CCCUGGCCCAAAAUAAUGAAAGAUAAACACAGGCGCGGAUCACAAUGGCCAAAAGCCAUUCCAAAGAAACUAACUAUCAAGCCACCGUUUUCGAUUUCUCACGAACAAUGGCGACCGUUAAAGUUCCUGCCCACGUUCCAGCUCCAUCUGAGGAUGCAGAGCAGCUUCACAAAGCCUUUGAAGGUUCUUUUUUUGGGAUGGGGCACAAAUGAGGCAUUGAUUAUUUCCAUUUUGGCUCACAGGAAUGCAGCUCAACGCAACUUAAUUAGACAGACUUAUGCUGAAGCUUAUGGGGAAGAUCUCCUUAAAGCCUUAGACAAAGAACUCUCUAGUGAUUUUGAGAGAGCUGUAUUGUUAUGGACACUGGAUCCUGCUGAACGUGAUGCAUAUUUGGCUAAUGAAGCUACCAAGAAGUUCACUUCAAGCAACUGGGUUCUCAUUGAAAUAGCUUGUUCUAGGUCUUCACUCGAUCUAUUUAAGGUGAGGCAGGCGUAUCAUGCUCGUUUUAAGAAAUCCCUCGAGGAAGAUGUUGCAUACCACACAACUGGAGACUUCCGCAAGCUGUUGGUUCCUCUUGUUAGUGCAUUCCGAUAUGAGGGAGAUGAGGUGAACAUGACAUUGGCAAAAUCAGAGGCUAAGAUACUUCAUGAGAAGAUCUCACAUAAAGCUUAUAGUGACGAAGAGAUCAUUAGGAUCAUCGCCACAAGAAGUAAGGCACAACUUAAUGCAACACUCAACCACUACAACAAUGCAUUUGGGAAUGCCAUCAACAAGGAUUUGAAGGGUGACCCAAAGGAUGAAUUCCUGAACUUACUAAGAGCAACAAUUAAGUGUUUGACCACUCCUGAAAAAUACUUUGAGAAGGUUUUGCGGCUUGCCAUCAACAAGCUGGGGACAGAUGAAUUGGCGCUUACUAGAGUUGUCACCACUAGGGCAGAGGUGGAUAUGCAACGGAUUAAAGAGGAAUACCAUCGCCGGAACAGUGUUACUCUUGAUCGUGCUAUUUCUGGAGACACUUCUGGGGAUUAUGAGAAAAUGCUUCUUGCAUUGAUUGGCCAUGAGGAUGCUUGAGAAACGUUUGUGUCAAUGUUGUUUAUGCUUUUCCGGUAGACUUAACAUGGGGUGUCUUUAGUUUUGAUGAAUGUAUUUUUACCUGUGAUUGUUUUGCUAUAUCCUACGGUGUAUGAGUGUCUUACUGUUACUGUGUGUUAAAUAUUAUGUGCCAUGAACUAUAGACGAGGAAUAUAGUAAGAGAAGAGUGGGCCGCCUGGGAAUGAAACAUAUUAUGGGCUAAUGAGAAUUACAUUACGGUGUUGUUUAUGAUUAA